AUGGCGGAACUACAACCACCCAGGGAGACUGUAACUUGGGCACCAGCUGAACAUGAAGUCAGAGAUCUGUCUGGCCUGAAGCCUCUCAGUUGUACGAACUGUCGACAACGAAAAGUUAAGUGUGACAAGUCUAGUCCGUGCUCUCCCUGCAAACGAUCAGGGAUUGACUGCGUAUUCCCGAAACGAACUCGUAUCCGGAAAGCGCCACAGGGGGGUAGCAACUACAAAUCCAGAGACCAUGAGCUCCUCCGACGUAUUGGAAAGCUCGAACUCCUUGUCGAAAAGAUGAGAGGGGACAUUCCUAACCCCUUGACAUCUGGAGAGUCCAAUGGUCGACAGACCACCUCUUCAUCUGACCUUUCCUCUUCUAUCAUGGACUACAAGGAGAGCAGUAAUCUUCAACCUCUACCGACGGGAAACAUGACACCUGUUGAGAGGAAAUAUAUUAGCGGUGACUUUUGGGCUAACCUGGGAGGAGAAGUCGAUGGGCUGCGCUCUUUACUUGAACAGCCUGUAGACGACGAUGAAAAUAAUGACGAAGAAGUCGCCCAAUCUACUCCGUCAACUACGGUCCAUUCGACACUACUCGAUUUCGUCUUUCGUGGAGUUGAUAGCCGCCUUGAACGGGUAGAUUUUCCAAUAUCAUACCGUCACUUCAAGGCCCUUACCUACACCUAUUUUACGAAUGUCGAUCUAGUCUUCAAAAUCCUUCAUAGACCAACGACCCUCUCUUCUAUAGCUGAUAGUACGAGCAACUUUUCUGCGCCGCCAAAUAACAGCGUAACCGAGCUACUGAUGCUAUGCAUGUAUUUCGCUGCACUCACGUCACUGUCGCCAAAGGAGUGUCAGCAGAUGUUCCAUGAAGACUCUCAGACACUGCUUUCCAAGUUCAGACGUGCUGCAGAGCUUGCCCUUGCAAGAGAGAAUCUUCUUAUUACGAACGAAAUUGCAGUUCUACAAGCGUUCGCCCUCUACCUUUUUGCCCUACGAGUACAUAGCAAGACCCAAUCCACGUGGACUCUCUUUGCACUCGUACUUAGAAUUGCUCAGUCAUUUGGAAUACACAAAGAUGCCAAUGACACCAGCCUAUCGUUUUUUGAGGCUCAGCAAAGGAGCCUCCUCUGGUGGCAAAUCAUGAUUCUUGACGUCCGCUGCGCAGAAGACCGAGGUACUCAACCAAUGAUAUUUGAGGGCUCCUUCAACACUCCUAUGCCUCUCAACAUUAACGACGACGACUAUGGGCCCGAAACAAGUGAGCCCGUUCCGGAAUUUCCGGGUUUGACAGACAUGACCCUGAGCCAUGUCACCCAUAAAUCGGCAUUUACCUUCCGAAAGCUUCUGUUUCCUAACCAGAUCAGUUUCACUGAGAAAGAACAGAUGAUCAAAAGCUUGAGCCUUGAGUUUGAGUCACUCUACUUUCAAAAGUGCGACGCAAACGUUCCCAUUCAGUGGUUUCUUUCAAUGAUCGGACGAUUAUUAAUACUCAAGAUGUGGCUAUCACUGAGAUAUCCGCUUCAACCUCGAGGUCAACCCCUAUACGCGAACACGACCCCGGAUCAAACCCUCCGCACAGCGGUCUUGAUCCUCGAGAUUAUGAACCUGUACGAGAACGAUCCGAAAAGCUCCCAUUUCAAGUGGGUCGGAAGAACAUGGGUGCAGUGGCAUCCUUUAGCCGUCGUAUUGGCCGAACUCUGCGUUCAAACAAAAGGACCAUUGGUAGACAGGGCAUGGGCAGUGGUAGAAAGUGUUUGGAAUACAUAUGGGGAACGAGUUGCCGAUACCACAGAAGGAAUGUUGUGGAAACCGCUCAAGAGGCUGCUGAAGAAGGCACAAGCUGCAUACCAAGAAGCGGCAACCAAGAGAGAGGUCCAAAUUGGAGACAUGCCCACCAAGGGUAUUAUUGCUCAGCCUCUUCCGGAUCCUAUGUUUGAUCUUAGUCAAAUGGCCAUCAAUGAAUAUAACCAAUCACUGCUGCUUAGCGGCCACGCUCCGGUUGAUCCACAGGUGUCUCCAGAGCACAACUUUGAUGCAUCUUACAACAUGAUUCCAAUUCCGCAGGACAACAUCAAUACGGACUAUGGGAAUGAAAUCAACUGGGCAGUUUGGCAGGGAUUUCUCAUGGAUACCGAAGUCCCAUAUUCGAUAGAGGAAAAUGCAUUUGAGCCAUGGCCACUUGCUUUUGAUACCCCCUUGAGCUGA